AAACCAUUAUGAUACUCUAAACAUAAGCAAAGAUGCAUCUCAAAAAGAUAUUAAACUCUCAUAUAGAAAAUUAGCGCUGCAAAAUCAUCCAGAUAGGACGGGAAAAGCAACUGAUGAACAAUUCAGAGAAGUACAAGAAGCAUAUUCAGUGCUUAGCGACCCAAUGAGGAAGCGUGAAUAUGAUUUAACUAAUGGAAGUGCUAGUAUACAAUUGAUAUUGAUCGUUACCAUACUUGCAAUGAUAUACCUAGUCUACAAGAUAUCAACUUUUCUACCAAUAUUAUUACUUUGUUUACUUACAAUUAACGCUAGCAAGUUGGGUAGAUCACGUGCACUGCCUCUCACACUUAUCAUAUUAUCAUUCACAUCUGGCUGGCUAUUCUUGCUCUUAUGGGUAAUUUCAAUAGGCAGUAAUUUAGAUGACGUAGAGUGGCUAUUUUGGGGUGUUUUAUACGCUUCUUUAUUUGAUAAUUAUCUUAUCAUUUCUCUCUUAGUCACUUUCACCUGGACAAUCGAACAGACGCGGUUGGGACAGAGGCUGAUAAAUUUGUCACCUCUAAUUGUUGUAGUUAAAGUAUUUAUUUUAAAAUACCUAUGACGUCAUACGAUGUACUAUUAUUGGACACAGCUUGGCAUUUUACACCUUGACAACGAUGAACGAAGAUGGAGAUGACGUUGUACUAGAUCCUAUCACUUUACACAACGUAGAAGCGAAAGAUACGACAAAAGAGGAAUAUGACUAUGUCAUGCGCAGACUAAGCGGGAAGGCUAACAUAGCUGAUGACAAUUUUAUCAGUAAACCAUUCCCACCCACACACUCCAGUCAGGAAUUCAUUAGAGAGAAUUUCCCUACAAUUUUGAAGGAGUUUGGAAUAUACACCGCUAUUUUAUCUAUAAUACCAUUACCUAUACCCUUGAUCAUUGCUCUCACUGCAUGUUUACUAUGGAGGAUAUGGUGGCAUCUUGAUAAUGAAGCUGAUAAGCUUGUAUAUGAACAGGAACGACAAAGAGUACUCAAUAGUAAGGCAUCCAUUGGUGGUAUACAGGAGAGUUGUAACUGGAUGAAUCAGAUAUUGAGUAGAGUAUGGGGCAUCAUCAAUCCUGAUCUGUUUACACUUGGUAUUGAUUUAUUGGAAGACACGAUGGAAUCUAUGUUACCAUCCUUCAUGGCUGGAUUUGUAAACGGUGUCAAAGUGAGCGAUAUGGAUCAAGGUACGGUACCAAUGCGUGUACUAUCUAUGAGGGAUCUCACAGAUGCCGAAAUGAUGGAAACUCUCAAUAAUAAUGACGAGGAGAAAGAGAGUGAUAGUAGAGCUAGACCAGAUGAAGAGUCAGGGGAGUAUGUCAAUUUGGAGAUAAAUUUCGCCUAUAGAGCUAAACCAUCGGGUAGUUUAGCCAGCAAGUCACGGAAUAUACACAUGCUUAUUCACUUCGUCGUAGGCUUAAAAAAGAUGUUAGGUGCUGUCAUGCCAGUAUACGUAGAGGUUCAGGGUAUGACAGGAACACUGAGAGCCCGCUGUCAACUUAUCCCAGACCCUCCCUUUAUAAAGAACACCACAAUUGCUUUCAUGGGUCUCCCAAAAGUAGUCAUAUCUGCUACACCACUCACUAAACACUUCCUCAAUGCUAUGAAAUUGCCACUCGUUUCACAAUUUAUCAAUAGCAGUAUAAACGCUGCAAUGAGAGACUUCUGCGCACCUAAAUCUUACACGGUAGAUGUGCAAGAUUUAUUAUUAGAAGAUGAUGUUAAACGCGACGCUACUGCUAUUGGAGUUAUCGAUAUUCGUAUCCAUGGGGCUCACGAUAUAGAGAAAAGCGACACAAAUGGUACAUCAGAUCCAUACUGUACGAUCUCUUUUAGUAAGGAGCAAAAACCAGUUUAUUCAACGCGGGUUAUUGUCAACGAUUUGUACCCAACUUGGGAAGAAUCAACAACGAUCCUUUUACGUCCAGAGAUAAUCAAGUCACAGGAGGACAUUAUUGUACAGCUAUACGACUCCGAUAGGUUUUCUGCUGAUGACCGUCUGGGUGCAGCUACAAUGAGUAUCACAAAACUAGUCAGACAUCCUGGUAAAGUUUAUAGGCUCAACAGUGAGUUAGCUGGACAGGUACAUGGAACCAAACGACAAGGCACUCUCAGCUGGAGCGUCUCAUUCCACCCUAAAAGAGAUCUUAAUAAGAGUCUUCUUACCCCAGGUACACAUCCAGGUGUACCAGAAGACAUCGCCAAGAAAUACAAAGAUGAAUUUGGCGAUCAUAAACUCGAGAAUGAGAAUAGACUCGUACAACGCAUCAAACCAGAGCCUGAUUUCCCUUCUGGUAUACUCUCAUUUCAAAUCCACUCUAUUUCGCAACUUGAAGUUAAGAAGAUCACUGGUUCAUUUGGUACUGACUCAAUGCGUAGUGGUGUAGCAGGACAGAGUUAUAUGGAAACUGAAGAUGAAGAAUCUUCAGCAGCUCCAAGCAGCUACUGCAUUGUUAUAGUAAAUGACCAAACUGUAUACAGAACGCGUAAAAAACCAUUUGCAUUUAAUCCAGUUUUCAACGCUGGUACUGAAAAGUUUAUUGCUGAUUGGAGGAGCACAGUGGUAUGUGUUGUCGUUUAUGAUUCCCGUUAUAGGGAGGAAGAUCCAAUCCUUGGUGUUAUUCCAUUGAAACUCUCUGAUAUACUAAGAAACGGCUGUCAAUUGACAAACAGCUACCCACUCAUAGGAGGUCUCGGCUAUGGUCGUAUACGACUAAGCAUUUUAUUCAGAAGUAGCGAUAUGAAACUCGAAAGACCUCUACUGGGUUGGGAAAUAGGUACCGUACAGCUUCACUCAAACGUCGUUGUGAAAUUCAACGAAGGAAUGCAUGUAAAUUAUAACAGAUGUAUUAUACGCACGAUAUCAUCAGAGGUCAAACUCAACAAAAGGAAAACAACUGCAGUAGACACAGUCGCUUGGAAAAUCGAAACUGAUGAACCACCGAUGCGCCUUCCAGUUAAACGCCGCUAUGCUAGCUCAUUCAGACUGGAAUUCUAUACGAACAGUCGCGUGGGUAACACGCCCGCCGCUGUCGCUAUCAUCUGGUUAAGGGAUGUCGUCGACAAUGAAAUGCUACGAAACUUUAGAAUGUCACUCUGGGAAGGCAAAGAUUUCCAUCGCUUGAUGCAAUGUUAUACUUAUACAGAGGAAGAUGCCGAGAGACUCAAUUUGAAGAAGAUUGGUUAUGUCGAAUUAGACAUAAGAUAUAAGUCUGGUUUGGGUAAAACACACAGUCAUUUCAAAGGUAACAAGGAGAGUAUGGAUGUCCUGCAAGCUUGGGAAGCGGCCGUCAGUUCUGGCCAGCGUAGCACUGUUGGUGACUUUAUAAAUGAGUAUACCGAUGUGGACAGAAACCGUGACCCUGCGAGGGCAGUCAUUGGUGGUGCAGACAACAGUUCACAUAGAACUUCUCAUAGAUACAGCACAGAUGGAUACUCAGUAGGUACUUUGGGCACGUUUGGUGAAAUGUCAGGCAGAAUGUCCGGUAGAAUGUCAGGUGAUUUUGGCGAAUAUGAAACUGAUCAUGAGGAAGACGGUGAAUUAAAUAAACACGCCAGACAUAACAACAAAUCAUCAAAAAAAGCGAUCAGAAAAGCUAUGCAUCGUGAGCAUAGAGGUAGUUACCAAUAUAAACCUAUUAGAACUGCCUUAUGGGCUGCCAAAGGGAUGAGGCAUACUGCUUCUAAUAUAAGAGCAAAAGCUUCACUACAUGAUCGCAGAGCUGAUCAAGUGGAAACCGAGGUAUAAUUACAAAGUUUAUUCUUGUGCAUAUAUUUUACUGACUUACAUUACAUUACAAUGCAUUAUUUUAAUGAAGGUACUCGCGUGGAUUGUUCUGACUUCAUGAU